AUGAAUCCAUUGGAAACAUCAUCAUUUGCUGCUUUUCGUUUGAAGACAGAAGUCGGGUCGAUCCAGCUUCUUCCAGGUGCGUCGCUGUCUGUAGUUAGGUCUGGGGAAGAGAAAUACAUUGCGGAGGUCGAGUACACAAUGCUGCUUAGCGAAGGCAUCUAUGAAGGAAGGGUGCUGAGAUUCAAACUAAAGAUUCCCAAUGCAUAUCCAUUCAAACCUCCGAAGCUUCUGUGCCUGGACAAUGUAUUUCACCCGAAUGUCGACGAUGACGGGAACGUCUGUAUGGAGAUUUUGCGACUUGGAUGGAGGCCCAGCCAUGGACUCGAAAGCAUAUUUGUCAAUCUUUAUGUUAUAUUUGUUGAAGUCACCGGAGAGGAUGCAUUGAACACCAAGGCAGGAGAUUUAUUCAAAUCCGACUAUGAAGGGUUUGUAAGGGCCGCAAGAAGUCGAAAAUAG